AUGAAUGCAUCAAUUAAACGUGAACAUUUAAAACCAUUAUCACCAUCUGCAUCAUCAUCAAUUCGCACAGCAACUAUUAAUAAUCAUAAUCCUAAUCAUUAUAAUAUUGCUACACGUUUAAAAAGUCGUUUAUGUUCAAAUUCAUGUUUAAAAAUUGUUUAUUUAUCAUGUGCUACAUUAAUAUCAGCUAGUUUUAUUAUUGAAUGUAUAUUAUUACAUUUAAUUAUUGUACCAUAUUUAUCUGAAUCAAUAUUUGAAGAAGGUAUGUGUAAAUAUAGUAGUUCACGUAGGGAUGAUACAAAUAAACGUUGUGAAAAUAAAUGUUCUAAAGAACGUUCUACAUUUCCAUGUUUACAAUUAAAAGUAAUAUUUACACCAAUACAUAUUAUACCAUAUAAAAAAUCCAAUCAGGAAUUAAUCAAUAAACGUAUAAAUUACAAAAAUCGUAAUAAUAAUAAUGAUAAUAUAGAUCAUAUAGAUAAUUCAUUUAGAUCUAUGAUGGAUUAUACUAAUACUAUAAAUGAUCCUAAUCUUAUACAUUCUGAUACAUCUAAUUAUACUAUAUAUUAUGAUUUUGAAUCAUCAGAAUCACGUAUAGUUUAUUUAUAUGAUUAUUUUAGUACAUUUACAGCAUAUAAAACAAGUCGAUGCGCAACAAGUCCAUGUCAUCGACGUGAAGAAGAUAAUAAACUAGCUGUGGAAGAAUUCAAACGUGAUUUAAGUCGACGUAAUAUAUUUCGAUGUUACGCUACACCAACACCAUCCCAUACAACAUUAAUUACAACAACAACACUAACAAAUAAUCCACAAUUUUCGAAUAAUAUUUUAACUAAUGAUCAACAAUCUUUCACUAAUACCAUUUCGUCCUCCUCAUCACCAUCAUUAUCUGUUCCUUCGAUUUCUCAAUCUUCUACUACAUUGAAUCAUUCUAUGCUAAUGUCAAUGAAUAAUAAAUCACCACCUAAUAGAUAUCAUCUACCUCUUAUUCAACAAUUAGAUUCUAAUCAUGCUGCAGCUAUACUACAUCGUUUAUAUACAUCAUCAAUGUUUAUGCAUGGUCUUCUAUGGCCUGGUGGUAUAUUUCUAACUGCUUUAAUCAUUUUAUUAUUUACAUAUUUUACUGAUUCAUGUGAAGCAUGGGCUGGAGAUAAAACUGUUAUUGCUUAA